GUCAAGAGUAUCGUAUAAAAUUUUAUAGCACAGACUGCUCAAAUCCGCAAGUCUCGCCUAUUCGUGACUUAACAGCGGAUUUUAGCCACGCUGUUCUAUAAAAGACUGUUUAGGUCACGGAUAGGAGUGACAUAAACACGGACUUAGGUCACGCAGUGCUAUAAAAUGCCUUUUGUCUCAAACUUGCUCUAAAAUAAUGUUCUUACCGUUUCAAUAAGAUUGCUGUAAAGUUGAGAGUAAUAAUAUAUAACUCAGAUUUGCAUAGGCUGUGACAAAAAGCGUAUGCUAAAUCAAUCUUUGCACACACGACGUUAAAAAAUAAGUGAAUACAUACCGAUUCUAGUUAAAGAAUGUGAUUUUAGCCUCGUGUGAACGUAUUAGCGCAAGCCAACCGAGUGUAAAAAGUUUUCUUAAGGGUCCACCACACCAGUUAUAUAGAUAUACUAACCGUGUUAAAUUGACGUGCUCCUUUGCACCCAACUUUUAGAAAAACUGCUGUACAUAGAAGUCUGAAAAAAUUACCGGUUAUAGUUUGUGAUACCGCCUUUGCGCGGAAGCGAGCUGGAUAACAGCCGUCAACGGGGUCCUGGAGAAAAAGAUACUUUAAAGUACGCUUUCCUUCCGAGCGCCUAACCUUAGCCAAAAUAAAUAAUAAACGUUCGAUCUGAUCUAACACAAAAUAUUUGACAUAUCUUAAGUAUCCUUUUCUUCUAAUAGUUUCCUCUAAUAUGGUCCUGUAAUUUUUUGAAAGUCAUAAAAGCUCUCGUUUUUCCAGAAGUUGGGAGCGUAAAUUAACAUUGGUAGUAUAUCUAGAUAACUGGUGUGGUGGCCCCUUUAAAUUAAAAUUUGAAAUAUUUUGAAACAAUUUAUAAACAUUUGAGAGCCAAAUUGAAGAAGUUGUAAAUACAAAAUAAAACACUAUAAAAUAAUUCAUUCAUGUGCUAUACACCACAAAAGGUUUCAUGAAAGGAUAUCGAACCUUCGGAUGCCAGUCUUACGUGAGCUUCUUAUCGGGUUACUACAGCUAUAUACGUUGCGCUCUCGUCUGAGUAUUUUCUGAUAAGAUUUUCAUCUUUACAUUAGCGAAACUUAAUUAGGCUGAAGUGAAUUUUACAAUCUUGUUGUUAAAAUUAAAAUACGAUUGAAAGCACGUUUAAACAUUCAGCAACUACGAGAUGGGACCCAUAACACUAGUAAUCGUAUAUCUUAUAAUUGUGAUCUGUGUCGCCAUUGCUUAUGUAUCAUUGUCAGAAUAUUACGAAUUACGUCAAACGCUGGGACAUAUACCAGGACCAAGAAAUUAUCCGUUUAUAGGAUCGCUAUGGCGAAUGAAAAGACUUCCUCGUGAAGAUAAAUUUAAAUGGUUUAAUGACUUGUGCUUUACAUUUAAGAAUGGUCUGGUUGUAACAUGGUUUGGAAUGGAACCUGUUGUAAAUAUUCGUAAACCACACCAAAUACAAAUACUUUCAUCAAGCUGUGAAACAGUAGCUAAAUCAAGGUUCUAUAAAUUUAUGUCACCCUGGUUGGGAGAUGGGCUAUUUUCCUCAACUGAGGUCUGGUUUAAUCAUCGACAACUUAUAAUGCCGGCUUUAUGUUCCAAUAUUCUUGACGAAUAUACAGCUGUGAUGCAUGAUAAAGCGGACGUUUUAACUGAAAUAAUGCGUGCCAAAGUAGAAUUGAAUCCUGAUUCAUUUAUUAAUAUUUUGGAUCUUGUCAUGAGAUAUGCUCUUGAUACUGUUUGUGAAAGUGCUAUGGGCAUCAAUAUGGAUAUACAAAGAAAACCAGAAAAUGAUUAUGUUACAGCUUUUUACAACUGUAUUCAAAUAUCCACUGAAAGAUACUUUCAAUCAUGGAUGAGAUGGAAUUUUAUCUUCCAUAAAACAAAAAGAGGAAAAAAAUUUUUGAAUUCUGUAGAAUGUAUGCACAAAUUUACGGAAAAGGUAAUAAGGCAAAAACAAAUAGAUAAAUUUAAGAGACCGGACUCCAAAGAUGGCAAUCAAUGUGGAAAACGAAAAAACAAAGCGUUUUUAGAUCUUUUGUUGGAUAUUAACCAAUCCGGUAACCAUUCUUUAACGCUCGAAGAAAUUCGGCAAGAAAUUGACACAUUCAUUUUUGCUGGUUACGAAACAACUGCAACCGCCAUAAUUUGGACUCUAUUUGCGAUUGGGAAUGAUCCAGGCGUACAAGCCAGAGUCCAUGUCGAACUCGAAAACAUGUUUGGAAAUUGUCAUGAACGACCAACGAUACAACAAUUAAGUCAGUUAAAGUAUUUAGAUAGAGUUAUAAAAGAAGUUUUACGACUAUAUCCAAGUCUUCCUAUGAUUAGUCGUUUAUUAGAUCGCAAUUCAGUAAUUGAUAACUAUUUUAUACCUGAAAAAACUCUUAUCACUAUUCAAGUUUAUCAAUUACACCACGAUCCUGAAGUUUGGAAAAAUCCAGAAAUAUUCGAUCCAGAUCGUUUUUUACCAGAAAACAGCCGCGAAAGACAUCCAUAUGCAUAUUUGCCUUUUAGCAAUGGGUCAAGAAAUUGUAUUGGGCAAAAAUAUGCAAUUUUAGAAAUUAAAAUUAUUGUAACAAAAAUUUUACGAAUGUGGAGUGUUAAAAGUGCUUUAAAACCAACUGAAGUUAAAUUAGUGUCUGAUUUCACAUUAAGACCAUUUGACGAUAAAAUUAAUUUAUAUUUUACUCCUAAAAUAAAUAAUACACGUACAAAUUGAUUUUAUAUUUUUCUGUAUAUUUGAUAUAGACGUUUCUAGGAAUAUGAACACUAAAUGUAAUAAUUAAUUAAUAAUGUAACAUUAGUAAAAUUUUAUACGAUGAAUAUUUUUUAUAUUAUUAUGUUGUAUGUGCAUAGAUACCUUAGUAGUUCAUGUUGUAAUAAUUGUAAAUAAUAUGAAUAAUAAUAAGAAAUAGUUGUUACAAUAAAAUUAUUCAAUACGCUAUUACAAUGAAAAUAUACCUUUUCAAAUUUGAAUUUCGCCGAAAACACGGACUGCGAUUCCUGGGUUCUUGUUUUAUGAUAAAAUUGCCUAGUCAUCGUGAUUCUGGCUAAAUAAGUUAUAUUGCAGCAUGUUUUCCGCAGUAUGUGUUCAUACAGCUAAAAAUCUGUUCAAAUGCUUUUUAUAUCAACUAUCUAUUACUAUCUAUAUAAUUAUAGCAUUAUACUACCGAGGCAGUACUUCUAAAGUUGAAAAAAUUAUUGGUAAUUUUAUAUCUUUUUCAUUUGUCGACCCCUUUGAUAUAAAGCAUUCAAAAAAGAAAACUGUAACGGAAUUCUCGAAACAUGACUAAAAUUCAUUUAUGUUUGGAUAAGAUUAGUUACGUUAUAAAUGAAAU